GGAAGGAAGCGAGAGGGAGGGCGCCGAUCCGUGUUUGCUUCGGGGGCCGGCGGGCGAUCGGGGCCGGUAGGGGAACAAGGCAUGGGGGCCGCCCUCCGUGGGGGUCUGGGCCGCCGCCGCCGCAGUUGCGGCGGCGACUGAAGCCGGGAAAAGAAGAGGGGGGCGGGGGAGCGGCCGCCACCGCCCCCCGAAGGCGCUGGAGCCAGGACUCCCGCUCGGAGCCAGCCAGCCGUCCCGAGCUACACGCAGGUUUUGCUGAAAACAGAUUCUGCACGUUCCAGGUGUCUACACCUGCUUCCCAGGCCACAGCUGUGGGGAGCUUGGGGCAGAGCAGAGAAGUUUCUGUAUUUAGCUGCCCAGGCAGAGGAGAAUGGGGUCUCCACAGCCUGAAGAAUGAAGACUCGACAGAAUAAAGACUCAAUGUCAAUGAGGAGUGGACGGAAGAAAGAGGCCCCUGGGCCCCGAGAAGAACUGAGAUCAAGGGGCCGGGCCUCUCCUGGAGGAGUCAGCACAUCCAGCAGUGAUGGCAAAGCUGAAAAGUCCAGGCAGACAGCCAAGAAGGCCCGGGUAGAGGAAGCUUCCACGCCAAAAGUCACCAAGCAGGGCCGGAGUGAGGAGAUCUCAGAGAGUGAAAGCGAGGAGACCAAUGCACCAAAAAAGACCAAAACUGAGCAGGAGCUCCCUCGGCCACAGUCUCCCUCUGAUCUGGAUAGCUUGGAUGGGCGAAGCCUCAACGAUGAUGGCAGCAGUGACCCUAGGGAUAUAGACCAGGACAACCGAAGCACGUCCCCCAGCAUCUACAGCCCUGGGAGUGUGGAGAAUGACUCCGAUUCAUCUUCUGGCUUGUCCCAGGGCCCAGCCCGUCCCUACCAUCCGCCUCCACUCUUUCCUCCCUCCCCUCCGCAGGCAGACAGCACCCCCCGACAGCCAGAUCCUGGCUUUGAACCCCAUUCCUCUAUGACACCCACUGGAUAUCAUGCUCCCAUGGAGCCCCCCACAUCCCGAAUGUUCCAGGCUCCUCCUGGGGCCCCUCCUCCUCACCCACAGCUCUAUCCUGGGGGAACUGGUGGGGGAGUUUUAUCUGGACCCCCAAUGGGUCCGAAAGGAGGAGGGCCUGUCUCUUCAGUGGGGGCCCCUAGUGGGGGUAAGCAGCACCCCCCACCCACAACCCCCAUUUCAAUAUCAAGCUCUGGAGCUAGUGGUGCUCCCCCAACAAAGCCACCUAAUACUCCAGUGGGUGGUGGGAACCUAACCUCUGCUCCACCACCAGCCACUUUCCCUCAUGUCACACCAAACCUGCCCCCCCCACCUGCCCUGAGACCCCUCAACAAUGCCUCCGCCUCUCCUCCUGGCCUGGGGGCCCAGCCACUCCCUGGACAUCUUCCCUCUCCUCAUGCCAUGGGUCAGGGCAUGGGUGGACUUCCUCCUGGCCCAGAGAAGGGCCCAACUCUGGCUCCCUCACCCCACCCUCUGCCUCCUGCUUCCUCCUCUUCUGCCCCAGCUCCCCCAAUGAGGUAUCCUUAUUCAUCGUCUAGCAGUAGCUCUGUGGCAGCCUCUUCUUCCAGUUCUUCCUCCUCUUCCUCUGCUUCCCAGUACCCAGCUUCCCAGGCAUUGCCCAGUUAUCCCCACUCCUUCCCUCCCCCAACAAGCCUCUCUGUCUCCAAUCAGCCACCCAAGUAUACUCAGCCUUCCCUCCCAUCCCAGGCUGUGUGGAGCCAGGGUCCCCCUCCACCUCCUCCCUAUGGUCGUCUCUUGGCCAACAGCAAUGCCCAUCCAGGCCCCUUCCCUUCUUCGGGGGGGCAAUCCACUGCCCACCCACCCGCCCCAGCACAUCACCAUCACCACCAGCAGCAACAGCAGCAGCAGCAGCAGCAACAGCAACAGCAACAGCAACAGCAGCAGCAGCAGCAACAGCAGCAACAGCAUCAUGGAAGCUCUGGGCCCCCUCCACCUGGAGCAUAUCCCCAUCCUCUGGAGAGCAGUGGCUCCCACCAUGCACACCCUUACACCAUGUCUCCCUCCCUGGGGUCUCUGAGGCCCUACCCAUCAGGGCCAACACACUUGCCCCCACCUCAUGGUCAGGUGUCCUACAGCCAAGCAGGCCCCAAUGGCCCCCCAGUCUCCUCCUCUUCCAACUCUUCCUCUUCUCAAGGGUCCUACCCAUGUUCACAUCCCUCCCCUUCUCAGGGCCCCCAAGGGGCGCCCUACCCCUUCCCACCGGUGCCUCCGGUCACCACCUCCUCUGCUACCCUUUCCACGGUCAUUGCCACCGUGGCGUCCUCCUCAGCAGGCUACAAAACUGCUUCUCCACCUGGGCCCCCACCCUAUGGCAAGAGAGCCUCAUCCCCGGGGGCUUACAAGACAGCCACCCCACCUGGAUACAAGCCCGGGUCACCACCCUCCUUCAGAACGGGGACCCCACCGGGCUUUCGAGGCACCUCCCCGCCAGCAGGCCCAGGGACAUUCAAACCAGGCUCACCUACGGUGGGUUCCGGGCCCUUGCCACCUGUGGGGCCCUCAAGCCUGUCAUCUCUGCCACAACCACCUGCGGCCCCUGCUUCAGGGCCACCUCUGAGUGCCACGCAGAUUAAACAAGAACCAGCUGAGGAGUAUGAGACCCCAGAGAGCCCUGUGCCCCCAGCCCGCAGCCCCUCGCCCCCUCCCAAGGUGGUUGACGUGCCCAGCCACGCCAGUCAGUCUGCCAGGUUUAACAAACACCUAGACCGCGGCUUCAACUCGUGCGCGCGCAGCGACUUGUAUUUCGUGCCGCUGGAGGGCUCCAAGCUGGCCAAGAAGCGGGCCGACCUAGUGGAGAAGGUGCGGCGCGAGGCUGAACAGCGCGCGCGUGAAGAAAAGGAGCGGGAACGGGAACGGGAACGCGAAAAGGAGCGCGAGCGCGAGAAAGAGCGCGAGCUCGAACGCAGCGUGAAGUUGGCGCAGGAGGGCCGUGCUCCAGUGGAGUGCCCUUCUCUGGGCCCAGUGCCCCAUCGCCCUCCAUUUGAGCCUGGUAGUGCUGUAGCUACGGUGCCCCCCUACCUGGGUCCUGACACUCCAGCCCUGCGCACUCUCAGUGAAUAUGCCCGACCUCAUGUCAUGUCUCCUGGCAAUCGAAACCAUCCAUUCUACGUGCCUGGGGCAGUGGACCCAGGGCUUCUGGGUUACAAUGUACCAGCCCUAUACAGCAGUGAUCCAGCUGCCCGGGAGAGGGAGCGGGAAGCCCGUGAACGAGACCUCCGUGAUCGUCUCAAACCUGGCUUCGAGGUGAAGCCUAGUGAGCUGGAACCCCUACAUGGGGUUCCUGGGCCGGGCCUGGAUCCCUUCCCCCGACAUGGGGGCCUGGCUCUGCAGCCUGGCCCUCCUGGCCUGCACCCUUUCCCUUUUCAUCCGAGCCUGGGGCCCCUGGAGCGAGAACGGCUAGCGCUGGCAGCUGGGCCAGCCCUGCGGCCCGACAUGUCCUAUGCCGAACGACUGGCAGCUGAGAGGCAACAUGCAGAAAGGGUGGCAGCCCUGGGCAAUGACCCACUGGCCCGGCUGCAGAUGCUCAACGUGACCCCUCAUCACCACCAGCACUCUCACAUCCACUCUCACCUGCACCUGCACCAGCAGGAUGCCAUUCAUGCAGCCUCUGCCUCAGUGCACCCUCUCAUUGACCCCUUGGCCUCAGGGUCUCACCUUACCCGGAUUCCCUACCCAGCUGGGACCCUCCCUAACCCCCUUCUUCCUCACCCUCUGCACGAGAACGAAGUUCUUCGUCACCAGCUCUUCGCUGCCCCUUACCGGGACCUGCCAGCUUCCCUCUCUGCCCCGAUGUCCGCAGCCCAUCAGCUGCAGGCCAUGCACGCACAGUCUGCUGAGCUGCAGCGCUUGGCGCUGGAGCAGCAGCAGUGGCUUCACGCUCAUCACCCGCUGCACAGCGUCCCGCUACCUGCCCAGGAGGACUACUACAGUCACCUGAAGAAAGAAAGUGACAAGCCACUGUAGAACCUGGGAUCAAGAGAACACCAUGGCUCCUACAUCUGAACCUUGAAGGACCCCCUUCUGGCUGCCACCCAGAGCUGAGGAGAGGGUGCUGUUCAGUUGCAGGGCCUCCGCAGCUGGGCAAAAGGGAGGGAGGAAAUAAGGAACAGACAGAAGGCCAAGGCCCAGGAGGUGUGCAGAGGUGGGGAGGUGGCAAGGGUGGGGACAGAAAGCGCACAGUAUCUUGGACCAGGUCCCUCUUCCUUGUACCCUGCUUUCCUCCUCCCCUAUGCCCAGCCCUCCGUGGUCACUGCCUCUCCCCAUCCCCAUUGGUGUGAUUAUUUCAUCUGUUAGA